CAGGCGGGAGCAGCGGGAGGAGGAGCUGCGGCUGUGGCCACCGGGGUAGGUCCGUUGCACCGCUGGAAGCUGCCGACGGCGCGAGCUGGUCCCCGCGUGGAAGAGGCACGGGUGACCCGGGAGACAUGGAGCCUAGUGACGCGGCGCUCCCGGGUCCGGGGAGAGCUUUUCGGGGGCUGUCGCCGCGGCUGCUGCUGCUGCCACUGUUGCCCGUGCUGCUGGGUCGGGGGCUGCGGGCUGGGGCCGCGGCCUCCUCUGGGGCGGCGGCUGAGGACAGCAGCGCCAUGGAGGAGCUUGCCACCGAGAAGGAGGCGGAGGAGAGCCACCGGCAGGACAGCGUGAGCCUGCUCACCUUCAUCCUGCUGCUCACCCUCACCAUCCUCACCAUCUGGCUUUUCAAGCACCGCCGGGUGCGUUUCCUUCAUGAGACCGGGCUGGCCAUGAUUUAUGGGCUCAUCGUUGGAGUGAUCCUGAGAUAUGGCACCCCUGCUACCAGUGGUCAUGACAAGUCACUCAGCUGUACUCAGGAAGACAGAGCCUUUAGCACUUUAUUAGUGAAUGUCAGUGGGAAGUUCUUUGAAUAUACUCUGAAAGGAGAAAUCAGCCCUGGCAAGAUCAACAAUGUGGAGCAGAAUGACAUGCUUAGGAAGGUAACAUUUGAUCCAGAGGUAUUUUUCAACAUUCUGCUGCCUCCAAUUAUUUUCCAUGCUGGAUACAGCUUAAAGAAGAGACACUUUUUCAGAAAUCUUGGGUCGAUUCUGGCCUAUGCUUUCUUGGGGACUGCUGUUUCUUGCUUCAUUAUUGGAAAUCUUAUGUAUGGAGUGGUAAAACUCAUGAAGAUUGUGGGCCAGCUCUCUGAUAAAUUUUACUACACAGAUUGUCUCUUUUUUGGAGCAAUUAUUUCUGCCACUGACCCAGUGACUGUGCUGGCAAUCUUUAACGAACUACAUGCAGAUGUGGAUCUUUAUGCUCUUCUGUUUGGAGAGAGUGUCCUGAAUGAUGCAGUUGCCAUUGUACUAUCCUCGUCUAUUGUUGCCUAUCAACCAGCAGGACUAAACACUCACGCGUUUGAUGCUGCUGCCUUUUUUAAGUCAGUUGGCAUUUUCUUAGGUAUAUUUAGUGGCUCUUUUACCAUGGGAGCUGUAACUGGUGUUGUUACUGCUCUAGUGACCAAAUUUACUAAGCUGCACUGCUUUCCCCUGCUGGAGACAGCGCUUUUUUUCCUGAUGUCCUGGAGUACCUUUCUGCUGGCUGAAGCCUGUGGGUUUACAGGUGUUGUAGCUGUCCUUUUCUGUGGGAUUACACAAGCUCAUUACACAUAUAACAACCUGUCAGUAGAAUCUCGAAGUCGAAGCAAGCAGCUUUUUGAGGUAUUACACUUCCUGGCAGAGAACUUCAUCUUCUCCUACAUGGGCCUGGCACUGUUCACCUUCCAGAAACACGUUUUCAGCCCCAUAUUCAUCAUUGGUGCUUUUGUUGCCAUCUUCCUGGGAAGAGCUGCACAUAUCUACCCACUCUCCUUCUUCCUCAACUUGGGCAGAAGGCAUAAGAUUGGCUGGAAUUUUCAACACAUGAUGAUGUUUUCAGGCCUGAGAGGAGCGAUGGCAUUUGCACUGGCCAUCCGUGACACGGCAUCCUAUGCCCGCCAGAUGAUGUUCACAACCACGCUGCUCAUUGUCUUCUUCACUGUGUGGGUCAUUGGUGGAGGCACAACACCCAUGUUGUCAUGGCUCAAUAUAAGAGUUGGUGUUGACCCAGAUCAAGACCCACCACCUAACAAUGACAGCUUUCAAGUCUUACAAGGGGAUGGCAUGGAAUCUGUUGGAGGAAGCCGGACAAAGCAGGAAAGUGCAUGGAUAUUCAGGCUGUGGUACAGCUUUGAUCAUAAUUACUUGAAGCCCAUUCUCACCCACAGUGGUCCCCCACUAACCACCACUCUCCCUGCCUGGUGUGGCUUGCUAGCUCGAUGUCUGACCAGUCCUCAGGUGUAUGAUAAUCAAGAGCCACUGAGAGAAGAUGACUCUGAUUUCAUCCUAACGGAAGGUGACCUCACCUUGACCUAUGGAGAUAGCACCGUGACAGCAAAUGGUUCCUCAAGCUCCUACACAGCCUCCACAAGUCUCGAGUGUGGUCGGAGAACAAAAAGCAGCUCUGAGGAAGUGCUUGAGCGAGACCUGGGAAUGGGAGACCAGAAGGUUUCCAGCCGGGGAACCCCCCUCGUGUUUCCACUGCAGGAAAAUGCAUGACUUACCUGUAAAUCCUGAGGGAUCAGGGAGGCUCUUAUAAGGGUGAGGAUGGCCAAAUACCCCAGUGUGUAUGAUGUGUUGUAUUGAUCAUGUUAAAACUAUUGCUUCUGUUUCAAUGGGGCCUGAAACUAUCUUACCACUCAAAACUUAACCCAAGACUCAGAUGGUAAAGCUGAAGUGUCUCUAAAUUAAACACAAAUGCAGACCUAUUCCCACUUUUUCAUAUAGUAGUACACUGUUUCAGAGUUAAACAAAACAACAGCAUGCUUUUAAUGGUCUCUCACUUCAUCCUCCUGUAGUAUCUGAGCAUGGUGGGGCAGAUACGGGGUUUCAUUGCUAUGUUAUAGUGCCAAUCUAGCUGGCUCAAGAAACAUCAAAUUGGGAGGACAAGUUACAUAAAUGACAGUGAAGAAAAGAAACUAAGAUCAGAAUUCCAAUGGUGCCAGAUGCUGGUGUUGCACCAGAUGCUGGAACCUCUGGCUCUGAAGACUUACACAGCUACAUCUUCCUGUCACCGUCUCACCUGUUCUACUUGUGUUGCCCCUAGACUGAGGAUUAGGAAGCAUGCCCAUAGGCUGGGACCUUAGGUCAGUGGGAGAGUACUAGCCUACAGCUCACCAGACCCUGGGUUCCAUCCCCAGGACUGAAAAAAUUGUGUGUGUGCACAGGGGUUUUCCAAGAGCAUUUUAAUAUGGGAGGUGGGGGAAGUCUAGUUCCUUCUCUGAGAAUCUCUAUAAAAGAGUUACUGAAAUGUUCAAAAAAAAAAUCAAAGGCAAAUCAUGUUCUGUUCAGUUUUAAUUAAACUGAGGGCACAAGGUUCUGGGAAAUUGCUGAUGAUACCAUAGCAGUACUCACUUGACUUUUGAGGCUACCGUGUGAGCCCACUGCCUAGAAGGUAGCAUACGGACUAAGGUGUGUCCAGCACGGGGUUUAAAAUAGCAUGGGUAUUGCUGUUAUCUGGGGAAGAGAAGUCAGCAAGAAACAGAAGUGGCCAUAGACUAUAGUUUGAGGAAAGAGAUUUUAAUGUGAAAAGAAUAACCUGCAAAGAAAAGAAAAGAUGGAAGUCUUUAUUUUAUUUUACAUGCAUUUUGCUUUAAAACAUCCAAAAAUAAUUCCAAAAUCACACUACAUAAAACAUAGAACUUGCUUUGUUAUAAAUUAUAAAAAUACGUGUGUUCAAGUAACUGCUGAGUUUCCAAUGCCAACUAUCUUUAGGACAAAAACUUCAAUACUUAUAAUAAUUACUUUCACAUUGGUACUAUUUUCAACACCUAGAUGAUGAAAAUCAUUCUUAUGCUUUGUUUCAACAUAAACUUUUGUUACUGAAAAUACAUAGCCCAAAGCCUUUUAAAUGAGCUAGUAUUUCUGCUCUUCCAGGAUAGACAGUAAAGUCCAAAAAUGAAGCAAGCAAACAAACAACCCCCAAAUCGGACUUUUAAAACUAUUAGGUAAUUGGCCUUUUAACCACACCUUCUUUUGUGAAAUUUGAUAACUCCAGGAAUCAAAGAUGAGUCAUCUCCUUGUAUAUGAGUUGGUGUUGGUCAAGGAGCAUCCACUGUAGCAACCUUCCUGUGGUUGCCAUGUUCCACUUCUGAGUUCUGAACCUUUUUUUUCCAGGCUGACUUUGUUUACUUUCUACAGGAAUUAUGUUGGAUAGAUUCAGCUAUGCUCCAAUAGAUAGGAUCAUAUCUGCCUAAAGUCUGAAGUAGAAGGUGAAGCAGGAUGAGGCUUAGUCAGAUUCAUCCUGCAGACUGGAGAACUUCUGGAUACACUUUGCUGUGAACAAUGAACUGCCCUAAGAGUUUCCAAAUCAAAGCUUCUCCAGAAAGCGCUAGUGUCAAAGACAGUACUAUUUUUAAAAUGUUGUUUAACCAACUGGCUUUUUCUUCAAUCCCAGAUGAAACUCUGCUUCUGCAAGGCUUCUCUGUCUAAAAGUUCUUUUCAUGGUGGUGAAGUAGUAGCAGCAUCGCAAGCAGCAGUGAGCAGCUGCUGGAAACGCUGCUCUUUUGGCCAUUUCUUUCCAUUGCUGAAUCUCUCCAGCUUCCUGAGUUCCUUGAAUGUUCAUAGUCUUGUCAUGAAAAUACAGCUUCAUCAUUCAAAUCUUCUCAGCAUACAUUGUGUGGCUUGGUUAUCAAGUUUUCUGUGACUUCAAUAUUCUCCACCAUUUCCUAGUGUGCUUUAAAGCUGUUCUCUCAAGAUUUUAUGGGAAAGGCCCCACAUGCUCAGUCUGUUCAUCUCCCUAGUAUGGUCUACUCUCAGGUAAUUUCCUGUAUCAAUCAUCUGCUGUUUCUCUGUGCUUCCUUUUGAGGGCAAGAAAUUCAGCAUUUUCCAUUAAAAUUUGUUGCUGAUGAUAUUCAUAAUCAUUCAGAUGAAUAGUUUCCUCUUUGUACCACACUUCUGUUUUGCCCAUUCUCUAGGAGCCUAUUACAUCAGUUCUCAAAGAAUUCAUAAUGGCUGUGGUUGAUUUUCAUUCUUCUCAUUCCUAAUAAGUUGAUGAGGACAGGCCUUUGUCAUGCUCUUCUUCUCUAUAUAGUUGUACUGAGUAGCUUAGUCUGCAACAUGACUUAGUAAAUUCUUUACAUCAUCUUUCUCCUAUUUCAGUAGAUUCUUGUUCCUUCAUCAUAAACCCCUUUCUCCUGAAGUCUAGCACUUCCCUCCGGAGGAUUCUAGUUGCUUCCUGAGUUGCUUAGCAGGUCUGCAGAUAACCCACAGUACCUCCUAGCUUCAGAUUCUGUGUUUCCACAUUUUUCCAUGCUACAAGGUUUCUCCUAUGAGGGACAAAUAGCUCACCCAGAGAUUCUAAAACAGAAACUACACUUUAUUCUUUCUUUGUUCUUUUACUCUUGUAUUCUCCAUGUAAUUAAUGGAAACUAAAAGUAAUCAACUCUUGAUCAAGAUAUGGAUGGGUCAAUAUUUGCUUCUGUGUAUACUAAGUGAGAAAGGAAUUUGUCAUUGAGAAUAAGCUUGCUUGAGACAUCUUAAUUUCCAAUGUAUACUAAGAGAUAUUUUUGCUUUCUGCCAUCAGAUCUGGAGCUAUCCCAUUCAUCCAGUCUCCAUCAUUGGGGUAUCUGAUGAGCCCAUUAUAGCAAUGAAACUCUUAGAACAGCUGCUGUGAUACAGACAUCUCCAUCAAGGUCCCAGAGCUUCUGAGUCAGUACCACCUUCUGCAGUUUUAUAAGCAGCACAGACACCAAAGGAAACAGUACACACUGGAACUGCCUGCUCCUCUAGCACUGUGGACUUCUAUUCUGCCUGAUGAGGCCAACUGUGCUCCAUAGAUGUGUUAAGACCUGUAUAGAACUUCAGACAUUGAACUGAUGCAUACAUGCAAUAUUAGUUGCUACAUGAGGAAAAGGGAUCAAGUAAUGGAACAUAACCUGGUAGAAAAUUCUGUCUUCUAAAAGUUUAGAAAUUUGUGUCUUAGUGCUGAGUGCCAUGCAAAGAGAGGUCAUUUUCUUGGUACAGAGGCUACUGCACCAGCUUGAUAUUGACAUGGUUUGAAAUGUAGCAUUCUGGUUUAAAUUUCUUGCUGGAUGAGCUAUUAUACAUUAUCUACUCUUAAAGUAGAUAAAGUAUUGAGAGAAAUCUUGGAAAGAGUUUCUUCCCAUGUCUUACAGUGCUAGCAAUUUUGGUAACCCAGUUUCUAAAAGAUGCUUUUAUAACAUGGUGUGGGUUUCCUUGUUGCAUACAGAAAAGAAUAGUGCCCCCACAAGCACUAGGACAUCACUAGUGACAUUUUCUAUUUAACCUUCUUAGCAGCCUAGUCUUAGCAUAAUCCUGUUGUGUUUCUCUUAAAGGGUCUUUUAAUCUUCAUUACAUUGACAUAGUAAAAUAUGAAAGUAUUGGUAUUUGCCAAGACAAAAAGAAAACUAGGAUUUUGAUUAUUUGAGUCUUUGUUCAGUGAAUGAAAGGGAAUUAUUUUGAUACAUGGUCCUGAUCCUUGCUUACAAAAUGUGGAGACUCACUCUGACUUCCCAGGAGUCCUGUAAGGUGAAGCUACUUGUAGAAGAGGUUCUACACUGAAGUGUUGUCCCUAUAUUGCAUGAAGAAAACUCAGAUGCCACAAAGCCUAGAAACUGCCUACUUUGAAGCCAGUUGUCUGGAACCAGACUGGGAUUGCUGAGUAAUGGUCAGGUUUAUCUGAGAAAGUCAUCCAAGUUGCCCUUCUGAGUUGAGGAAGAUGACAGCUAAUGGGAUGCAGAAGGGCUGAGAGCCUUUUGGGUAAAGUUUAUAAAGAAUCCUGUUUGAAAAGGAAGCUUAGUUGAAUGAAUGAACUACUAAGUGAUUGUUUAUUUUGUAAUUGUUAGUGACAAAAACAAACAAACAAACUGAUUUCUAAUGCAGACUAGGCCACUGUAGAACUUUUGUGCUCAUUUUUCAGAAUUCAAGGUUGUCUUCCAUAUGAAAAUAGACUUGAAGGAGAGCGGAGGGUGAUUAAUAUAUUCACAUAGAGGACUUUCAAAUUUGUCCUCUUCAUUCCAACUUGGGGGUAGGUAAGGGGUAGGAAAGAAAUUAGUUUUUGACUAAUCAAGCUUCUGAGUAGUCAGACACAAAGGAUGCUGGGAAACUGUCAUUUCAAUUCAAUAUGGAAUUAAAUUAGUAGUCCAUUUAUGUGGUCAAACUUUGUCUUAUCAGUUCCCAUGUCUUAUUCCAUAGAAUAAGAGUAGCCCCAUUUACUGCUAGCAGCAUGGGCGGGGGUGUCACUAUCAUCACAUACCGGCAGUGGUAUAGUUUUGACAGAAAGAACAUAAAAAUCCACUCAUUCCUUUUCAUAAUCCUUCUGUGGGAACUACCUGGGAAUCUUAAGCUUUCCUAGAGAAGAAGGAAAUCCCAGUAUGACACCCCGUCUUUAAUCCAUAGAGGAGUAGCAUAGGAAUGAGUGUACUUAUGUCAAACCAUAAAAUCAUUCUUUUAUUAAAAACAAGACCUAAAAACAAAAUUUUUCCCACUUCCAGUUUUCAUAGACACUUAUUAAAUUAGAAGAUACGUCUUAUCACCAAUUGCUGACAAAUCGUGAAGAGCAAGAUCAAUUUUUUUAAUGUUCAUUUUAUUCUCCUAAGCAGGGUAUACUAUAACUAUGGCCCAUUUGGAGCAUAUGGGCAGCCAUAUUUUGUCUACCCAAGCAUUGGGGAGCAUUACCAGGAAGGUCUGUCUGCUGUGCUGUUUUUUGAGAAGGCCUGAAGUAGAGAUGAGAGUACACAGCACAGGACAUCAUCUUCUCACAUCACCAUUAGAGGGACACAAGAGAAUAUUUAAAUGUCCCCAGUCUACCUUCAACUCUUGGCCAGUGAAAAUUUGUCUGGAUCUGUAUACGCAAACAAAACAAAACAAAACAAAACAAAACAAAACAAAACAAAACAAAACAAAACAAAACACUCCUGAAACCAUAAAGGAAGCAGAGACUUGCAUGAAGCACUGAAGGUUUGUGGUUGAAAGCACUUUCAGAAACCAACUGUCCUGGUAUUCAUGGGUAACUACCUGCACGGGUGUCUGGGGUCUGACUGUGAUGAUUCUAUUUGCAGGCCUUGAAGGAACAGGGGAUGCUUUUCUGUUUCCUGGGUAGUCAAUCUGUGGAUGUAUAAGUUAAAUAUAAGCACUCAUUUAAAGUGUAACUUCACAGUAAGACUGUUGCCUCCUAGGUUUUCUUUACUUUUUAACCUAAAUCCACCUAAUCCUCCUUUUUGGGGGGCAUGUUUUAUUAUGCCCACUAAAAUAAUUAAAUGAGAAGACUAUAAAGAAUCAUUGACUAUUUGGAAAGAAAUUGCCUAGAGUAGAAUAGGGAGAAUUUAACAUGCAAUGAUGGGACUUUGGGGGGGAACUUUUUAUAUAGAGCUGACAUAGAGUAUUUGGGGAGAAUUUUAUAGAAGAUAACAAAGAGUGUUUUAACUGUGAAAAUUAAAGCUGUGGACUUAUCUGCAACUUUUAUGUGCAAUAGGGAAACUGCAGCAAGAUCCUUGCUGUGCUCACUGCCCCUCACCGUUUACUCUUGCCUUCCUAGAGCUGUUUAGAUUGUAAAGCUAGCCUCCUGUCUCCUGUCCUUUACUGAUACUUAACAUGGUUUUCUCUAAGCUUUUUUUUUUUUUUUACAAAAUUCAAAAUAAAAAGAUUA